GGAAGAGCUGCCUAUGCUGCUGUUGCCUCCCCUCUCUGUCUGUCCCUGCUUCGGAUGGUAGAGUAGUUGGCUGUGGACCUCUGCCUCCUUGUCCUCUUCUCUCCUUCUCCGUUUUGACUACCAGGAGACCAGUUAGCCCCAGCGUCGUGUGUGGGCACCAAUCAGAAGAGAGUGGCUCUUACCUAUAAGUCCCCAAGGGUCUCUUUGCCAGCUACUGCUGCCACUCAGGAACUAGGGUACUUUUUUCCUUCUCACUUUUCAUCCUUUCUUUUUCUGUUCAAGGCUUCUCUGCAGCUGUGGUAGGACUAGGAGUGUCACGCUCAAACUCUCCUGUGUCCUUCCUCUUUCUUGUUUGCUAUCUCUCAAUCUCUUGAAGGUUGUUCAUGGUGCACAGGGACAUUACUGACAGGUCUGAGUCAUUUUGCAUGAUCACUUCCCCUGUCUGAGAGAAUGAAGGAGUAGGAACAUUGGAGAAGAUGAUUCUUUGGGCUGGCUUGCUUCUCCUGGGUUCAUGGAAAUUCUCAACGGUCGCCAGUCAAUGCCACAUGGAGUCUCAUCUCAACAGGAAAAGUAGUGGAAGGACACAUUUUGUUCAGCACAAGUUUUGAGUUCCAGUGCUGUGGAGUCGGACUGGACUCCUGUUUGGAUUACUAGGGUUCGUGUCUGUGUGGAAGUAGCUGUAGAGUACCUGGCUCUGUGUAAUCAUGGGCAAUGCGGCUGGGAGUAUGGAGUUUCCAAUGGGGAAGGAGGGGAAGACAGUGUCGUUCCCCCCAGGCUCAGAAACCCCCCAGAAACAGGCAGCGGGGCCCAAAAUUCCUAUGCCGGCCGAAGAGGAGUUAGAGGAGCGCUUCAAUGUGGUGCUGAACUCCAUGAAUCUGCCUCCAGACAAGGUGAAGAUCCUGUGUCAGUAUGACAGCGAGAAGAAGUGGGAACUGGUCUGUGAUCAGGAACGGUUCCAAGUGAAAAAUCCACCCUCUGCUUACUUGCUGAAGCUCAGAAGUUAUCUUGACCAGGGAGGGAUUAGUCGUAAGUUCAAGAGGCGUGUCCAGGAGUCCACACAGGUCUUGAGAGAGCUGGAAAUUUCCCUGAGGACCAAUCAUAUUGGCUGGGCUCAGGAGUUCCUCAGUGAGGAGAACCGGGGCCUGGACUUCCUAGUUGACUAUAUGUCUUUCGCCCAAUGUGCCGUCACCUAUGACAUGGACAGUUUGGACAAUGGGACAGCCACACCGGACAAAUCUGUGGAGGACUUGACGAGGAGUGCCGGUAACUCUCCAAUCCAUAGUGCUUCUAAAGCUGCUCGUUCCCUUACUGUGAGAUUCAACGCUCUCCACAGCAGGAAAGCGAUGAGGAACUCACGCCUCGUCAGUCAGAAAGACGACGUUCACCUCUGCAUCAUGUGCCUCCGUGCAAUCAUGAACUACCAGUCUGGGUUUAACCUGGUGAUGACCCACCCGUGUUGUGUGAACGAGAUCACCCUCAGCCUCAACAACAGGAACCCCAGGACCAAAGCACUAGUGCUGGAGCUGCUGGCUGCUGUAUGUCUAGUGAGGGGCGGUCAUGACAUCAUCCUCUCCGCUUUUGACAACUUCAAAGAGGUAUGUGGAGAGAGGAGCCGAUUCGAGAAGCUCAUGGAGUAUUUCUCCAAUGAAGACAGCAACAUUGACUUCAUGGUGGCGUGCAUGCAGUUCAUCAACAUCAUGGUCCACUCCGUUGAGAACAUGAACUUCAGGGUCCAUCUGCAGUAUGAGUUUAGCCACCAUGGCCUGGAUGACUACCUCCAGAGGUUAAAGUUCACGGAGAGUGACAGGCUGCUGGUGCAGAUCCAGGCCUACCUGGACAAUGUGUUUGAUGUGGGGGCUCUGCUGGAGGAUGCGGAGACCAAGAACGCCCUGUUGGAGCACAUGGAGGAGCUGCAGGACCACAAUGCACAGAUAAGCAGCAGAUUGCAAGAGAGUGAGAGGGAGGCAUUGGAGACAGUGUCAGAGUUGGAGAAACAUCUCAUCCAGACCACCAAAGAGGUUGAGCUCCUAAAGGAGAGUCUGCGGGAGUCCUGUUCCCAAGUGACCAUUCUACAACAGAGGGAGAUAGAGAGAGAGAUAGAACGAGAGAGGGAAAGAGAGAGGCAGAGGGAUAGAGAUCGUUCGGCCCAGGCCUUGGCGGAGCUGGAGGAGAAAGUUCAGGGGCUUGUGGACCAGCAGCUGAUUCGAAUGGAGCGCUCGUCCUCGGGACACCUGGACCUCCAUGUCGUCCCUUUCAUCCUCCCUGUUUCCAUCCAUGCUGAAACAGAACAAAUCACGACUGUCGAUGGCCCUGUGGCCCCUCCCACAUCUUUAGUCCUGCCCCCACCCCCUGCUCCUCCAUUACCUGGUGCAACAGAGGUCACGGCACAAGCUCCUCCUCCUCCUCCUCCACCUCCUAUUCCACCUCCUCCUCCUCCUCCUCCUCCAUGCUCGACGGCAACACCACCUCUGCCCCCCCCUCUUCCAGGGCGUGGUAUAGCCCUCCCCCCACCACCUCCAAGCAUUGGAAUGGCCCCACCAUUUGGGGGUAAGCAUGAUGGACACACUGGUAACAGAAACAAGAAGGCCAUUCAGACUAAGUACCGUAUGCCUUCAUUCAACUGGCAGGCCCUCAAACCCAACCAGGUGGCUGGAACCAUCUUCAAUGAGCUGGAUGAUGAGAAUGUUUUGGGGGAGUUGAACAUGGACGCCUUUGAGGAGCAGUUUAAGACCAAGGCCCAGACAGCCCCGGCUGACGUGGGGACUCUGAGAGCGAAGGUGGCUCAGAAGAUCCACAGCAAAGUGUCCCUACUGGAGUCCAACAGGGCCAAGAACCUGGCCAUCACCCUGCGUAAGGGAGGCAUGGCCACCUCGGACAUCUGCACCGCUAUAGAGACGUAUAACCAGGAAGCUCUGAGCCUGGACUUCCUGGAGCUGCUGGAGCGUUUCAUCCCCUCAGAGCACGAAGUCAAGCUCAUCCAGAACUACGAGCGAGACGGGAGGCCCCUGGACGAGCUCCCCGAGGAGGACCGCUUUAUGGUGCGCUUUGGCAAGAUCCCACGGCUAGCCCAGCGCAUCAGCACACUCACCUUCAUGGGCAACUUCCCCGAGAGCAUCCAGCUCAUCCAGCCGCAACUCAACGCAAUCAUCGCUGCCUCAAUGUCAAUCAAGUCCUCUAGCAAGCUGAAGAAGAUCCUUGAGAUCAUCCUAGCCUUUGGAAACUACAUGAACAGCAGCAAGAGAGGAGCAGCCUAUGGGUUCCGCCUGCAGAGUCUCGACUUGCUCUUAGACACUAAGUCCACAGACCGGAAACAGACUCUGCUGCACUUCAUAGUGAGCAUCAUCCAGGAGAAAUACCCUGAGCUCCAAGCCUUCCACAGCGAGCUGCACUUCAUGGACAAGGCUGCUCUGGUGUCCCUGGAUAGUAUUCUGCAGGACGUGUGUGCCCUGGAGAGGGGCAUGGAGGUGACCAGGAAAGAGUUUGCCGUACAGGAAGACAACCCUGUGCUGCAAGAUUUCCUCACCAGCAACAAUGACCUGCUGGACUCUGUAGUAGAAGAUGGCAAGACUGCCCAGGAUGUGUAUGAAUCAACAGUGGAGUACUUUGGAGAGAACCCUAAAACCACACCUCCCUCCAUGUUCUUCCCUGUCUUCGUGAGGUUCAUCAAGGCCUAUAAGCAAGCAGAGCAGGAGAAUGAGCAGAGGAAAAAGCAGGAUGUGUUGUCCAGAGAAGGGAGAACAGGGCCACCGUCGACAUCAGCCAAGCCUGAAAUAGCACAGAAGCAGGUACCUAUGAUGCCCAAGCUGCCCCAGAUGGACCUGAUAGCAGAGCUGAAGAGGCGGCAGGUGAUCCCCCUGGUCCGGGAGGGCAAGGAUGGAGCCAUCGAGGACAUCAUCACAGACCUGAGGAACCAGCCGUACAGGCGGACAGACGGGUCCCGAGUCAGCGCCAAGUGGAAGCCCGGGCAAAAGCUUCAAGUCUCCUCCGAUAUUUCCCUGUGAAAGCACACACACUCGCGCUCCAUUCAAACAAUCACUCUCAUUUCAUUUCAUGGAUAGAGUGCACACAAACUUGAAAUAUCUCCCCUAGACUUAACCCAGCACUGCAGGUGAUUGGUUCUACCUGUGGUUCAGCCCACAACAAACCUCACUGUUGACUGCCUGCUCUCUAAGUACAGCUUCAGGUAUAUUAGAUUGUGAGGUGCUGUUUCCUAAUACUUCUCUGAUCCCCAACAAAACACCUACAGUAAACACACUCUAUUUCCCUGUAAACACAUCCUCUUUCUACAUACUGCUAACGGAGUAAGGGCUUGGCCAUGGAUGGACUACAGUUCAACGGCAUGAUUUCAAUGAGAAUCACCCUCAUUCUCUACUAUCUUCAUUAGAGGUUUUGGACAUGUUUAAAGCAGAUUGAACACUGGGACUGUGUAUAUAACCAUUAGUAAAAGCUAGACAAGACCCUACAUUUGUUUGUCAUAUUAAUAGCUUAUUCUAUUUGUGGUACUCAGACGGCUGCAAACUGUCAAUCCCAAUAACUGCCGCAUCGGGUGUAAAAGCAUGAUGACCUGUCCUUUUGUCCUAGCGCUAGUAGGAUUACAACAGCUCAGGACGGAGCUUAGAACAAGAUUUGUACUAUAUUUAAAUUAUUUUUUAAUAUAGAAGUGUAUGGAUAACCUUUUUCUUUGUUUCACUAUUUUGGGUUUGAACUAAUAAAUAUUUUAUACAGCGA